UUAUUGUUUACUUUUUCAGAAUUUCUGCGCCAAGACGCUUGUCAUUUUUAACUAAAUUAUAAACAUUUUUACGUUAGAGUAAGUUACAAAUUAAAACAUGACAAUUGAGAAAGCUCGCUUGCUGUGUUCCGGAGAUCCAUCUAUCCAACAAUACUGCGAUAUGGCUGAGGAUCUGGAGAAACAAGAAUUGGAGGCGCCUGAUGGAAUUGCGACUCCUCAAGUAUACGGACAGUUGCUAGCAAUUUAUUUAUUACAAAAUGAUUUGCCAAAUGCUAAAUUCCUGUGGAAGAGAAUUCGCGAAAACAUCAAAGAGGAGAAUCCUGAAUUGGGAAAACUAUGGACAGUUGGACAAAAAUUAUGGCAAUGUGAUUCGGAUGUUUAUGUUGCAUUAGCAGAAGAAUGGCCUGAACAUCUGAAGCCUAUUGUUUCUGCCAUUAAAGAUGUCACCAGAAAUCGUGCACUGCGCUUAAUUUCUAAAGCAUAUUCGUCAAUAACUGUUGAAAAGAUCUCAGCUUUCCUUGGAUUACCAUCUGAAGACUGUAUUGAAGCUUUAACAGCUCUAGGUUGGGAAAUAGAUGCUGCUUGUAAAAUUAUGAAGCCCAAAAGUACUGAUAAUAAACCUGAAGAUUGUUUUCAAAGCGAAGAACAACUUGCUAAGCUUACUGAUUUUGUUGCCUUUCUUGAAAAUUAAUUUUGUGUUCUUGCUUAACACAUUUCUGUAUAUUUUAUGUAAAAAGUAUUUUCCAAAUAAAUAUUAAAUGUGGUUUUUUAAA